GAGUGUUGUGAAACCACCGCGCGUCACUCAGUGCUUGCUCGAAGCGCGCGAGCUCACGUCGCGUUGCGCUAAGAUGGCGCCGGCCGCAUCACUAUUUACCACAUUUAUAUCCAUAAUACUGUCCGCAACUGCACAGGAUUACUACCACACGCCCCGCAUUGGUUCCAAACAACUCGCCUCAUGUUACAAUAGUGAAGGAGUGCCGCAAAGAUGUAUACCAGAGUUCGAAAACGCUGCCUUUAUGGUCCAAAUGGAAGCGACGAACACCUGUGGUGACAACGGCAUGAAAGUCUACUGCAUACAGACUUCUUACGGCACCUCUACUAGGUCGUGUGACAGCUGCCAACCAGGGCAGUUCUCCAGCUACUAUCUGACUGACCUCCAUUAUGAGCAGGACAACCAGACGUGGUGGCAGUCGGAGACCAUGAAGGAAGGGAUCCAGUAUCCUAACCAGGUCAACCUGACUCUGCACUUGGGCAAAGCCUACGACAUUACCUACGUGAGGAUUGUGUUCUACUCGCCCAGACCUCAGAGUUUCGCCAUCUAUAAGAAGACCUCGGAAGAAAGAGUAUGGGAGCCCUUCCAGUACUUCAGUGCCUCCUGCCGUGACACGUACGGAGUUCAAGAACAGAGGGCUGCGGAGUUAGGAGCAGAAACCCGCGCCCUCUGCACCAGCGAAUACUCCGACAUCUCGCCACUCUCCGGUGGUAACGUCCUCUUCUCCACUCUCGAAGGUCGACCUUCAGCGUUUACUUUUGACAACAGUCCUGAGCUGCAGGAAUGGGUAACUGCCACUGAUAUUCGAAUUUCCCUGGAUCGUUUGAAUACCUUCGGAGACGAAAUUUUUGGAGACGUCCAAGUAUUGCAAUCCUAUUGGUACGCCAUCGCUGACGUGGCUGUGGGUGCAAGGUGCAAGUGCAACGGUCACGCUUCUGUCUGCGAGACCCAAGAACUACCUGAUGGUACCAGGACACGAGCUUGCAGAUGUGAGCACAACACAGCUGGUCGAGAGUGCGAAAGAUGUUUGGACUUCUACAAUGACGCUCCUUGGGGCAGGGCUUCACCGACGAACGUGCACGAAUGCAAGGCUUGUAACUGCAAUGGAUUCUCCAACAAGUGUGAGUUCGACAAGGACUUGUAUGAGCGCACGGGACACGGCGGGCGUUGCAUAGACUGCGCGGAGAACAGGGACGGAGCCAACUGCGAGAGGUGCAAAGAGAACUUCUUCCAAGGAUCCGGAGAUAUCUGCUUACCCUGUAACUGUAAUCCUACUGGAUCUCGCAGCCUUCAAUGUAACGCAGAAGGCAAGUGUCAGUGCAAGCCUGGAGUGACAGGAGACAAAUGUGACGUCUGCGCACCAAACCACUACGAGUUUACCAACCAGGGCUGCAAACCCUGUGGAUGUAACGAGUCUGGUUCCUACGCCAACACCCCGCAGUGCGACCCUCAAACAGGAGUGUGUCUGUGCAAGCAGAACGUAGAAGGAAGACGUUGUAGAGAGUGUAAACCGGGUUUCUUCAACCUAGACAUCAGCAAUGACUUCGGAUGUACCCCGUGCUUCUGUUUCGGCCACUCUUCCCAGUGUAGCUCAGCCCCGAAGUACCAAGCCCAUGAGACUAGUGCCCAUUUCAUCAGAGAUGCAGAGAAGUGGAUGGCUGAAGAUGAACAAGAAAGACCUGCCAAGCUUCAGUUUAAUGCCAAUACUCAAAAUAUUGCCGUUUCAUCACAAUCUUCGGAAACCUUAUAUUUCAUCGCCUCAAGUCAGUUCCUGGGUGAUCAAAGACCUUCAUACAAUCAUGACUUGAAAUUCUCCCUGCGACUUGGAGAAGUACGAGGUUAUCCAUCAGCUACUGACAUUAUCUUGGAAGGUCCACGAUCCUCGGUGUCAAUUAAUAUCUACGCACAGAACAAUCCGGAACCUACUAACCAGGCUCAAGAAUACACCUUCAGGCUUCAUGAGGAUCCUCGCUACGGCUGGUCUCCGACCCUUUCAAACUUUGAAUUUAUGUCUCUUCUCCAAAACCUGACUGCUAUCAAGAUCAGGGGUACCUAUAACAAGCCUGGAGAAGGUUAUCUCAUGAACUUCAAGCUGGAAACUGCUAAGAUUGGACGAGAGAAAGGUUCCGCUCCAGCCAAUUGGGUGGAAAAGUGUUCCUGUCCGAAAGCUUACGUUGGGGACUACUGUGAAGAGUGUGCGCCUGGAUUCAAGCAUGAACCUGCUAAUGGUGGACCGUACUCCACUUGUAUACCUUGUGACUGUAAUGGACAUGCUCAUAUUUGUGACACUGCUACCGGUUUCUGUAUCUGUAAACACAACACAACGGGCAGUAACUGCGAGCUUUGUGCCAAGGGUUUCUAUGGUAAUGCUAUCGCCGGUACUCCUGACGACUGCAAGCCCUGCCCGUGUCCUAAGGACAGUGGAUGUAUCCAGCUCAUGGAUGGAAGCAUUGUAUGUACCGACUGUCCCGAGGGAUAUGCUGGACCGAAAUGCGAAGUCUGUGCUGAUGGUUACUUCGGAGACCCCACUGGCCAGUUUGGACCCCCGAAACAGUGUGAGCUGUGCCAGUGUAACGGCAACGUAGACCCCAAUGCUGUCGGCAACUGCAAUAGGACAACGGGAGCCUGUCUCAAAUGUAUCUACAACACUGACGGAGAACACUGUGACAAAUGUUUGAGUGGUUUCUUCGGCGACGCUCUGGAUCCUAAGAAGAAGGGUGACUGCAAACCCUGUCAGUGCCACGACGCCGGUACAGUGGAGAGUGCGGAGGGCCCCCCCCAGUGUGACGGCCUCACUGGAUUGUGCACUUGCCACCCACACGUUAUUGGAAGGAACUGCGAUAAGUGUGAGGACGGCUACUACAAUAUCAACUCGGGCACCGGCUGCGAGCCCUGCGAGUGUAACCUUGAGGGGUCAUUCAACAACACCUGUGACCCUAACGACGGACAAUGUUACUGCAAACCAGGCAUUGAUGGCAAACACUGCGACCGUUGUCGUGCGUACCACUACGGGUUCUCAGCUGAGGGUUGCAGAGACUGCGACUGUGACGAGUGGGGCUCCACCAACUACCAGUGCGACAUGUCCGGGCAGUGCUCCUGUCAGGAGAAUGUCGAAGGACGCCGCUGUGACAGGUGUAUGGAAAACAAGAAGCGUCGCGCUGACGGACAGGGCUGCGAGGACUGUCCUCCUUGCUACAACCUCGUGCUGGAUGCUGUGAACCAACACAGGAAGGAGUUGAAAGAGCUUGAUGAUAUUCUAGCAAAGAUAUCCAAGUCGCCAACAGUAGUUGAGAACGCUGACUUCGACAAUGAGCUGCGGCAAGUGAGGGGCGACAUCGAGCGGUUGGUGCAGGAUGCUCAGGCUGAGUUGGGCAAUGGGCCCGGAGCCAGCCUCACUGACAACCUCGCCGAACUGGCUGAUAGACUCGCUGACGUCAGGAAUAUGCUGUUCAAAAUUGAAGACGAGAGCUAUGAUGGGAACGAAGCGGUGGAGAAGAGCAAGGGUAACGUGUCCAAAGCAGAAGACACCAUCGAGGCUGCACAGAAGGAAAUCAAUAGCGCCUUGGAGUACAUGGAUGGCGAGGGAGCUGCAGCAUUAUCGAAGGCUCGCAACAGAUCAGACCAAUUCGGAAAGCAAUCAGUCGACAUGUCAGCUCUUGCCAAAGAAUCCAGACUGCUGGCAGAAAAGUUGGAGAAUGAAGCGAAGAACAUUCGAGAAAUAGCUGACAAGGCGUUCAACACUUCGAUUGCAGCCAACAAGAUCGCUAAGGAUGGAAUCACAAAGCAAGCUAACAUUAGCAACGAAGUACAAAUCCUCACGAAUGAGCUGAAUGCAGCGUCAGGAAAAUUGAACAGUAUGACAGAAUUAGCUGACCAAGCACUCAAGAGAGCCAAGGACGUGUACGAUGAAGCUCUAGGAUUGUACGCCGAGGUGAACACGACACUGCUGCCCGAUAUCAAACUCAGUAAACUGAAGGAGACAGCCAGGGAAAUGAACAAAACGAUCGAUGAGAAAUCGGCUGAGCUAGAACGUUUGGUAGCCGACAACGAGAACACGUUGGAGCAGCUAGAUAAUGCCAUAAAACAGGGCCGCGGUCUCUUAGACCAGGGCCAUGAUAGGCAGGACGAGCUGAACGACCUCCUGGCGAAACUCGACGAGCUGCAGGAACAGGCCAGGCACGACGUGGAACUGACCAACCAGACGCUGAAGGACGCCAAUGAAAUCUACAAGACUUUGAAAGAAUUCAGUGACCAAGUGACAGAAUCACGUCAGUUAGCUGAGCAAGCAGCUCUGGACGUGCCUGCAGUGCAAGCGAAGAUAGCUGCGGCAGAUGACAGCAUCAAUAGCAUCACGGAACAACUAUACACGGCCAGUGACAAGGCGAAGGAAGCACGAGACUUGGCACAGAAGGCGCAGAAGGAGUAUGCUGAUAAGGCAUCAGAUGCAGCGUUUGAAGUCAGAAAGAAAUCCUCAGCAUCUAGAUCUGAGGCCUCGAAACUCAGAUUUGAAGCUGAGAAAUUAUCCACUCGAGUACAAGAAACAGCGACUCAGAUCGGCAACUUGGAGAAAGAGGCAGCCGAGAAUAUGCAGCUAACAAGAGACGCUAAAAUGAAGGUUGGCCAAGCAAACACUGAUGCUAGGGAGGCGGAGAAACAAGUAAAGAAAGGCCUCGAGGACUUGAAGGUCAUCAUGGAUGAGCUGCAGAACUUGCCCACGUUGGAUGAUCAGGCACUAGACCGGCUGCAGGAGAGCUUAGACAAGGCAGAGAGCGACCUCAAAGCGGUUGAUUUAGAUGGCAAGAUUAAGAGCCUCACUGAAGCCAAGAACAACCAUCAAAGGUGGAUGAAACAAUACGAGGAUGAGCACAGCCAUCUUCGGCUGGAGGUAGACAAUAUCAAGGAGAUUCUAAACCAGCUGCCAGACGGCUGCUUCAAGAGGAUCGUCUUGGAACCCACUGAAGGCCCCAGCAGAGCUGCCAGCUUCAGAUAAACGUGUGACACGACAGAACAAGCCAGACACAUGUAGACAAAACGAGGACAUAGGUUUGGUAUCUAUAUCUAGUAAAAAAUCGAAAAUAUACUAACGAAUUGAAUGGGUCUAUUUUUCGGCCCUGAGCUCCAUCUAUAAGCCCCUACGUUCACUCUGUCGUACUGUAAGCGUAUUGUAAUUGCAAUACGCUCGUGUGACGAGAGAACCACGUACAAUCUAUUAUACUUAAGAAAGUUUGUAUGGAUGUAUCCUAAGAAGUGAAUAAUAAUAAUAAUAUGUUCCAUACGAUAGCUCAAUGUCGUUGCAAUACGCUUACGAAACGACACCCUAAAGAUUCAUUUGCGAAGUGCCUGUAUUUUCAUUACACAACAACGUGUAUUUAUUUCAUAAUAUAAGUAUUUUAAUCGAUUUUUACUCAGGAGAUUUCCCUUUAUGCACUUAGACACACACCAAUCUAAAGAAAUGACGCUGUAUAAUAAUAAAGUCCAAUUUUAGUAAAAAGACAAAUAAUAAAACAGUUAGGUAGAUGACUAAUUUUUAUUUCAAUGUCCUUCUGGUAGAUUAUUAUAAAACAUUAGACAUGUAUUUUUUAUUUCUUGCGGAGUUCGAGUAUACGUUAUACUUUCUUCGAUAUGUUGAUUUGAAAUAUCGUAUGAUGUCACUUCUAGGUUCAUUUCAUACGUAGUAACGGAGACGCAGUUAGCUCCUACUCGUUACAUUUGAUUCACUUUUUGUACCUAAGUAUUGUUUUCUUAUAGGACAAAAUAAAAAAAUACGUGUCUAAUAUUUAUUAAUUAUCUAACUGAUGGACUGAAUAGAUUUUUACUUUCAAUAAUUUGAAAGAUGCAGUAAUCAUACAAACAGAUACUUUACCUUUAUUACAUAUUUAUUGUCUCCGUAUAGUGCCUUAUUAGUAACUUUAGUAAUAAAUUAAAAUACCUGUAAUAUAAUAUUAAGGAUUCCUAACGACAUUGCCUAAUAAGCUUAACAUUUCCGAUUUCCUCACUGCCUGAUUUGAAUUAUUUUUAAGAGAAAGUUACUAUAUAUACUUAUUGAUUCGUAUUUCUGAAAUGUUUAGAUGAAAUCGUGUUUUAUUUUUUAUACUUCCAGACUGCAUUUACUAAAGUUGCAUUUUCGUACUUAGAUCUAUAUUAUAAAAUAGUAUGAAAUGUGUAAUACCUACAUCGGCAAAUUUAGAGAACCAUGAAUAUAUGGACUUAAUAUUGUCCAAAGAGAAACACGUGUCGAAAUCAUCCACAACAAAUGACAAAGAUACGAUCUUUUUUGUGUUUCUUUAAUUUUGCCGGUGUAUGUAGUUUAUGAGGCUCCUCUAUAAUUAAAAGUUGUGCCAUAAUUAAUAUUUUUGGUACCUUUGUAAAUAAUAAACUAAACAUAAGUAAUACUUUUUGCCUAAGUCUUUUCAGAUUUGGUUUUUUUUAUAUAAAAUUCCUUUUAAAGUUCGCCAAAGAAUUGACGAUAUGUGUGUUAUUUAGAUAUGUUUACUAUAAUUUUAUAUGUUUCUUUACUGGAGGAUAAUUUUGUGAGUAAUAUAAUUUGUAUUGUAGCAUCUAUGGUAUUUAUUUGUAAUAAAACUUGGACAAAAUAUA